CCUCCGGACCAAACAUGGGAACCAGAGGAAUCCAAUCCACAUUAUGGCUCAUCAACCUGGUGCUGCUGACCAACACACUCACUCAGACUAUAACCAUCAUUCCAUCUCUACAGACACUGAGCCUGGGUUCAGCUAAUACAGACCACAUCGGCCAAGUAUGCACGACUUGGGGACACUAUCACUGGAAGACCUUUGAUGGAAAUUUCUUCCACCUGCCCUCCACCUGUAACCAUAUCGUGGCCUCCCAGUGUAAGAACAGCUACGAAGAUUUUAACAUCCAGAUGCGGCGCAAGACAGUCAACGACAUCCCCACCAUAAGCAACAUCAUCAUGAAGCUGGAUAGCUCUGUGGUGGAGUUCUCCAACAGCUCAGUGAUUGUGAAUGGCCAGACGGUGUCUUUGCCAUUUGUCACACUUGGGGUGACUAUCAAGGGGACCACAUCUAGUAUCUCUGUCGAAGCUAAGAUGGGAAUUAGAGUUAUCUGGAACCUUGACGACUCCCUGGAUGUUGAAAUAGAUAACAAAUUCCGGAACCAGACAUGUGGACUUUGUGGAAACUUUGACGGUGUUUCUAAUGAUUUCAUGAAAGACGGACUUAUGCUGUCUCUUACCGACUAUGCUGAUACCUGGAAGGUGGACGGGCCAACAGAGACUUGUGAGGAGCCUGUCCUCAACCCAGUCCUAAGCUGUGGCGAUAAACCAUUCUGUGACCAGAUCUUCUCCGGUGCUUCAUUUAGUAGUUGCCAAAACCUUCUGGAUGUUGAGUCCUUCAGUGAAGUCUGUAUGGCUGAUAUGUGCAACUCUAAAGAAAACACUGACUCUGCCCUCUGCAAAACCAUCUCAGAGUACUCCAGAGAGUGUAUCCAUGCAGGUGGCCAGCCCCAACAAUGGAGGAAUGCAACAUUUUGCUAUGUGAAAUGUCCAUACAACAUGGAGUUCUUGGAGUAUAGCAGUUCAUGUACUGACAGCUGCUCCACCCCUCAGGCCAGCCAGACAUGUCACAGUCACUACAGUGAUGGCUGCCGCUGCCCUGCUGGAACGGUCUUUGAUGACAUUAGUAACAAUGGCUGUAUCACAGUGGAUCAGUGUCCAUGUCUGCACAACAACAAUGUCUACAAGUCAGGAGAGUCCUACUCCUACACUUGUGGAUCAUGUGUUUGUGAGAGUGGCCAGUGGACAUGUACGGAAGAGAACUGUCCAGCAACCUGCUCUGUGAAGGGAGGAGCCCACAUCAGCACCUUUGAUGGAAAAGUCUACACCUUCCAUGGGGACUGCUCUUAUGUGCUGGCUAAGCAAGAUAAUGGCUCCUUAUACACUGUGCUGGUGGAUCUGGUCAAGUGCGGUAUGGCUGACAGCAGGACCUGCCUCAGAGCUGUAACUCUGGGUUUAUACAGCAAUUCUGUGGUUGUUAAAAUUCAGGCAUCCGGGCAGGUCUAUGUGAACCAGAUUCUUUCCCAGCUUCCACUGUUUACACCGGAACUUAGUGCCUUCAGUCCAUCAUCCUUCUACAUCCUCAUAAGCCUAAAGCUGGGCAUUCAAGUGAUGGUCCAACUGUCCCCCAUGAUGCAGGUCUUCAUCUCAGCUCAACCUUCACUCAAAGGAACCACCUCUGGUUUGUGUGGAAACUUCAACGACAUAAUGAGUGAUGACUUCAGGGUGAUUAGUGGGCUGGUUGAGGGCACUGCUGCAGCGUUCGCCAACACAUGGAAAACUAGAGCUAGCUGCCCUGACAUUACAACGCACUUUGGACACCCCUGUCGCCAAAGUAUCAGCCAGGAGAGUUAUGCCGAGUACUGGUGCUCUAAACUUGCGGAUCCCAAGGAUGUGUUUUCUCCUUGCCACUCUGUCAUUAGCCCCAACAUUUAUCGAGAUAACUGCAUGUAUGACAGCUGUAACUGUGAGAUAAGUGAGGAAUGCAUGUGUGCUGCAGUCUCCUCCUAUGUCUAUGCCUGUGCAGCUGCAGGAAUCCAGCUCACCGGCUGGAGAGCAACCAUCUGUGGCAAAUUCAUUACAUCGUGUCCAGCAGGGACAGUGUAUGACUACAACAUGACCUGCUGCAGUCGUACCUGCCGUUCUCUCAGCCAGGCUGACUACUCCUGCCAGACCACCUUCACCACAGUGGACGGCUGUGGCUGCGCCGAGGGAACCUACAUGAACGAGGUGGGGCAGUGCGUGUCCAGCGACAGCUGUCCCUGCUACGAUAAAGACAACAUAAUUCCUCCUGGACAGGUUGUCAGCAAAGAUGGCUUCACAUGUGUCUGCAGACAUGGGACUCUCAGCUGCUCAGGAGGGGCAGAUCUACUACUAUCCUCACCAUCAUGUGUUGCCCCCAUGGUUUACUUCGACUGCUCCACUGGUCAACCUGGGGCCACUGGGACAGAGUGUCAGAAGAGCUGCAGCACCCUGGACAUGGCUUGUAUCAGUACAGGCUGUACAUCUGGCUGCAUGUGCCCUGAUGGCCUUGUGUCAGAUGGAGCAGGAGGCUGUAUCAACGAGACCAACUGUCCGUGUCUGCACAAUGGACAGGUUUAUCAACUUGGGCAGACACUGAGUGUGGACUGCAACACCUGCUACUGUAAUGGACGGAAGUUCACAUGUACCACCAAUGUGUGUGAUGCAGUUUGUGGGAUUUAUGGUGACGGUCACUACGUCACAUUUGAUGACAAGAGGUUUGACUUCAACGGAGAGUGUGAAUACACACUCCUACAGGACUAUUGUGGCACCGGUCAGAGCAAUGGAAGCUUCAGAAUUAUCACAGAGAAUGUUCCCUGUGGAACCACAGGAACCACCUGCUCCAAGACCAUCAAAAUCUUCCUGGAGGAUAAUGAAUUCCAACUUAAAGAUGAGAACUUCCAAGUGGUGAAGAGCAACAGCCAGGUGAUCCCUGCUCAGGUACACAAGAUGGGUAUUUACCUUGUGGUGAUGAUCAAACCGGGACUUGUGCUCAUGUGGGACCAGAAGACCAGUCUUUUCAUUAAACUCAGCCCACAGUUCCAGCCUAAAUACCGGAUAUUUUCCUCAGGAACUGGUGGCGACCAAACAGAGAAAAAAGGAGAGUGA